AUGGAGCUCACAUUUAGGGCACCUUUCAGCGUGGACCGGCCAGAGGAAAAGUGGUUAAAAGCCACGUGUGCCACAGCAGGAAACUGCACGGUCCUGGGCAGUGCUCUGAAUGCUCAUGUGCAAAUCCGUCUCCGCACCUUCCCGCCCUGCCCAGGCGAUAACUAUUCAGAGCCGCGGCGAACGCGGGGCGCACGCGGGCGCACGCGGGCGCACGCGGGGCGCACGCGGGGCGCACGCGGGCGCACGCAGGCAAGCGCGCCCUGCGGCUCAGCUCGGCCCCGGCCAUGGAGGCACCCGCAGCCCGCCUGCUGCCGCCGCUGCAGCUGCCGCUCGCGGCCCGCGCCCCGGCUCCGGGCCGCGCCUCCUCGGACGCGCCGCCGCUGGUCAACGAGGAUGGUCAACGAGGUGGCCCUGGCGCACGCGGGCGGCGGCUCCUCGCCCCGCGCCGCCGCCUUCCUGCUGGCGCUGGAGCCCGAGCUGGAGGCUCGGCUCGCGCACCUCUGCGUGCAGGUGAAGGGAGAGGAUGAGGAAGAGAACAAUCUGGGAGUAAGAGAAACCAAAAUUAAGGGUGAAAGCGGGAGAUUCUCCACAGUCAAGCUCCCAGUGGCUCUUGAUCCUGGGGCCAAGGUCUGUCAUCGUGGAAGCCGUUUAUACCCACGUGCUUCGGCCAUACCCACCCAGAUCCCCCAGUCGGAGAAACAGUUCGUGGUGUUUGAGGGGAGCCAUUACUUCUUCUCUCCCUACCCAACCAAGACGCAGACCACACGUGUGAAGCUCGCCUCCCGGAAUGUAGAGAGCUGCACCAAGUUGGGGAACCCCACGCGACCCGAGGACCUCCUGGGUUACGAACCCUUCCGCGACGUCCCCGCCUACAGUCAGGACAUGUUCAAAGUGCUCAAAGCAUUUCAGCAGCACCAGUGGCAUGGCGAUCUGAGACGGGGACUCCUGGGGGCUGCCCUGCACUCGGCAGGGUUGUGA